ACCGUAGCCCCAAUUCACCACUUGUGUCUCCAUCCCCACAAUGUCAGAUGUUCCUGCCAACACCAACAAAGCAACCCUUAUAUCCGGCGAUAAUCACGAGUUCGAAGUCGAUGAAGCUGUAGCCAUGGAUUUCGGCACCAUCAAGACUUUCUUCGACGAAAAUCCCGACGCCUCCAUGGAACCCAUUCCCCUCCCCAAUGUCUCCUCCAAGUAUCUCUCGACUAUCAUCGACUACUGCAAAUUCCAUCUGGCACUCCGCGCCCGAGACCACUCUUCGGCGGCGGAUGACGAAACCAAGGCCUACCAUGAAGAGUUAGUGAAGCCCCUGGACAAUGAGUCGAUGAUGGAGUUGGCUCUGGCUGCACAUUAUCUGGAUGUGAAGGAUAUGGUUGAUGUGAUAAGCCAAGGGAUUGCUGACAGGAUUAAGAAUAAGAGCGUGGAGUAUGCGAGGGAGCUUUUUGGAAUUGAGAAUGACUAUACGCCGGAGGAAGAGGCGGAGUUGAGGGCACAAUAUGAAUGGGCGUUUGAAGGUGUUGAUCCAGACGAAGAUUGAUUGAUAAAUUUUGAUGAUGGGCUAGGGUUUUACAGCGUUUGUUUAUUUUUCCAUAAGAGUUGUGUUAAUUCCUUGA